AUGCCUAGUUCGGAACUGCAAAGUAAACUAGCAGAAUUACUUGAACUACUGGACGAAACUCCAUCGCAGCAUACCGUGGAAAAAUGUAAUAACCUGAUCGGAGAAAUACAGCUAAUAUGCCUACGUACGACCUCGGAAAACGAACUUGCAUAUCACUGUUCUGUGGUGUUCCACAAGGAGACAGGAAUAUUGCUCUUUUUGAAGAAGACUAUCACAAUUGAUCAGUAUGUAUCAAGCAAGGAAAGAAUCCUGGAGUUUGUAUAUAACUUUAUGAUAAGAGCAGAUAAGAAAAUUGUCACCUAUGCACUGGAUAUCAAAGAUGUCUGCCUCUCUCUCUUCACUCGGGAUAAGAUGGCUAAAAUUAAAAACAGAACGUUUCCUAUUCUUAAUAAGUUAUUGGAAUUGACUGCUAAUACACCUGUAGCUAAAGAACUUGGUGUUAGCAAACUGAUUGACAAAUACUUUUCACAGUUAAUGCAACCAAGUAAACUGGCGGCCACAGUGAAACAUGGCAUCUACCACUUACUGGGAGUGUUUGCUCAAUACUACCCAGAAUUAAUGACCAAGUAUUCUGACAGGCUGUUGAAUGUUUACAUGAAAGCUCUCAAAGAUCAGAUGCUCUCAAAGACCAAACAAGCUGAAUUACCUGUGGUGGCCGGCUGUCUACUGGGGCUGACACAUUUAUUAGUCAACUUCACACAGUCUGUAGAAGAAGAAGCACCACAUGCCUGGGACAUCUUUCGAUUUACACGAAUGGCAAUUGAUCCUAAAGUUGGAUAUACCAGGUUUGAUGUACCAAAGACAGGAUUAUGGCUCCUUGCUAAACAUGCACCACAGUUCAACAAGUAUUUGUUGGAUGACCACGAGGAGAUGUAUGAUAAGUUGUUCAGCUGGUGUCAGCAUCACAAUCGUGACAUGAAGUCGGCUGGAUAUGCCUCGCUAGAAGCCUUCCUGAAGCAAGUAGCGAGCAUGUUAGUGGAAGAAGGCAAUAAAGACAAAAGAAAUAAAACAACUAUAUUUAAAGCGUUUAUCCGAAAAUUUCGAAGCAUAAUUGACAAUCGAGAAAGUGGUACUCGAGAAAUCUGUAUUGCAAUAAAAGGAUAUGGACUGUUUGCAGCUCCAUGUAAACUUUUCCUGUCUGAAGAUGAUGUCAAAUUUAUGUUCAAUGAAAUGAUACAGAGAAGUGAACAACUCUAUUUCAGUCAAAAUGAACUGGUAGAUGAAACAAUCCCCCAUCUUCCGAGUUUUCUAGAGGCUCUAGCCUGCAUUGUCAGAGAACUGGAUGAGGUGUCUGACACAUUUUUAAGUUCUUUGGAGACGAUGACGGUUAUUUUAAUGGAAAACUUUCCCAGGUUUGGGAAAGCGCUUCAUUAUACAUGCUACAAGUCUAUCACUGCUGUACUGGUAGCGCUAUCGCCAAAAGGAGCUACUCUUAGAAACUUUGUUUCCAGAAUUGUUUAUCAAGGCUUGAUACGAACAUGUUCACAUCCAGUGGUGUUAGAAGGGGAAAUGUACGAUGUGAGCGGUGAUGAAACCAGCGAUGAAUUGUUGAUAGAUGCACGCAAAGUGUCAUACAAAGACUAUCUGGAUUUAUGGAAUCAUCUGUUAGACAGUUCACAGCUCAGAAUAACUGACAUUGGGUUAUCUCCACAAGAUUGCAAAGUAUUACAUAAUAUCGUCUAUGAUGAGUUGAUUGCUGCAAUCAUAAGAAUUCUGGGUAAAUUAGACUUGUCGUCCAAUAAAGAUGGACAGCUAGGGAAUGAGUUGUCAGCUGAUCCAGAACCUGGUACAAGUGAUGGUCGUUCCAGUCCUGUUACGGAUCUAUCUUCUGAUCCUUCAUCUGGAUUAACACCUAGCAAACCAAAAGAUUUCCAGAUCUUUAUAAAUCUGGUAGAAUUCUGCAGGGACUUUCUUCCAAAAAGAUGUCCUUAUUAUUUUGAGAGGUGGGUGUACACGUUUGGUCAUGAGGUCAUAGUUCAUUCUACUCGGCUUCCACUGGUCAGUGGUUUCUACAAACUACUGUCUGUUUGUAUGACAAUAAGUCAGAAUAUUGGAUACUUUCAGGGAAUAAAUGAGAAUGCUAAGGUUGCUGUACCAAGGCAUAUUGAAGAGAAAGCUUCCACUAAAGACAUGUGCACUCUGGCUGACAAAGUAGCAGCAUUCCAUCUGUUUAAGAAGUUUACUAAAGAAGUGUUGAUUCGAUUAAAACAGUACAAAGAUGAUCUGUUGGCAUCUUGUUUAUUUCUGGUGCUGGCAUUGCCGCAUGAAAUUAUUGCAUCGGACGUAGCAGCUAUUGUUCCAGCUUUACAGACAACUUUUCGCAUUGGCCUUGGUUACCUGCCCUUGGCACAUGCUGGUUUAGAUGCAUUAGAAACCUGGGCAUUCCGUCUACAACAUAAUGCAUUACAGCCGUAUUAUAAAGACAUACUACCGUGUCUGGAUGGAUAUCUGAAAACUGUGUCUGAUACAAAUGCUGAAAAUGCAUCAUCCCAGACUGUUAGUCUAACAAUGACUAGGACUGGAAAAAGGAGAAACAAAAUUCCCAUCAGACUGUUGAAACCAGCCACACAGGACGGAAGCGAUGAAUCACCGUUAACUAUUGUCAAGUUAAAAAUAGUGCAUCUACUUGGGUUACUUGGUGGCAGUACUAAUGGUUACUUACUGGAGAGCAGCAAGGAGGAAAUAGCUAAGAAAGCUGUUGCCUGGGAUACGGAAAAUCAUCUACAAUUUCCUGUGCCUUUCAUGGAUAUCAAACCAGUAAUCUGCUUUGAUCCCUUUCUGCCAAGAGUUGUUGAGUUGGCAACCACAUCUAGUGACAGACAGACCAAGGUGAGUGAAAUGAUAAGUGAACAAAGCACACAAGAACAAUGUGUUCGUGUUGUGGAUCACUUAGAGCGUAUCAUUCGUGUCAAGGCUAACAUGUUAAACCGAACAAGUAAAACGAGAAGAGUACCAAGAGAUUUUAACCGAGAUGAUUGCCCUACAUUGAGCCAUGUUGUGACGUGGUUGUUGUUGCAAUGUGGACGAUUGCAAACUGAAUGUAGACAUCAGUGUAUGAUAUUAGUGUGUAAACUCAUACCACUUCUACCAGGUAACAAUAGUGCUAGUACCUGGAUGCAUAGGACUAUGGCAGAAAAGGGCAGAGGACCAGAUUAUUUUAUAACUAGGUUUGAAGGUGGUGGUGGCAAAGGUGGACAUAAAACCGGCAUCUCAAAGCAUCCUACACUGAACACAGUGGACAAGACAUUCAGCGUCAAAGUCGCAUCAAAUUGGUUUGAUUUAUUUUUGGCAGCUUUAGAUUGUUAUACUUGGGUGUUUGGUGAGAAGUUACUUGGACCAAUUGAAUUGUUUGCUGGUAAAGCUAACAAACCAACCAAUGUCUUCAAGUCUGUGGAUUUCUUCUUAUCAAAGCUGGCACUAGAAGACGUCUAUGCGGCAGCUAAAUGUAUUACGUCGUCAAGCGCUGGUUUGAUUUUCACUCCAAGAGAAAUAGAUGAUUAUAAUAAAUAUAAGUGUACAGCUAUUGUUAGACUAUUGGAUUUUAUAUCAGUACUACUGGCUGUACAUACAAAAGAUCUCUCCAAGAGCAUUCCAUUGUCAUUUUGGAGUACCAAUCUGUUUGAAGUGAUAGUCAGUUGUGUAUUGGAUCCAUCAUCUGUUGGGUUUGAUCUGGCUGACAUUGAAGUAAUUAGCAACCUACCCAAAACAACUGGUCAGCUGUUGAUGUUUAUGACUCAGAAAGCUCCUGGUAAUGUGUCAUCAGAAAUGAAGAAAUGUCUGCAGGAAAAACUCAAACCAAAAAGUCAUAUGCAUUUGAUGAAUAUCACUCCAUCAAUACUGAAGGGUGAUGAUAAAGGAAUCAAUUAUGUGAAAUUGACACACAUGGUAUCUGGUUAUGAACAGCUACACAAAGCCAAUUUGCUUCUACCUGCCUUGCAGAAAACGGGAUCUCUUGGAUUGCAUGGAUGGUUUUCUCAACUCGUUGAACUAUCUAAGAUGUCAAAUCAUUCACCUUCUCCACCAAUAGCCAAAUAUGUGCUUCCAGAAAACAUGGCUGCUCAGUGUUACCACAGUCUAAACACUGGCAUGGCUUCUGGUGACAAGUUCUCCCAACAGUUACUGACUGCUGUAUUUGAGAGUAUUUCUACAAAGCAAAGCAACUCAUUAAUUGUAUCACAUCUGUCUCCUACUGCACAUGAACUUGCAGUACGGUUAUUGGACCUUGCAUUCCUAUUGGCUAGUCAGUCCAAAGAACUUGUCAGCUGUUUGAUGAACAAGACUCCUGUGAAGACUGGUAGGGUGGAUAGCUCUGCAGGGUAUUGUGGUCUGUCGUUUUAUAGUCAUUUCAAAGUACCCAUCAAUACACAGUUAGCACAGCAUGGCCAGGAGGUUGUGCCAUUGUUGCUACGUCAUGUUGUUGCUGACUCCACCAUUGUUAGUACCAUACUGAAUGGGCUGUUGGAUCAUAUCACAAAUAACAGAGAGCUGAGGAAGAAGAAAGGAUUAACUGUUCAUGCUGCCAUCCUAUCAAAUUGGAGUUCAUUAAAAUCAUGGUGGAGUGAGGGUGCUACUCAUGAUCAAAGAAGUUCAACUCUAAUUCUGCUCAAGAAAUUACUUCAGAUAGACUCAAAGUUUGCCUCUGAUCCUACCCAUGCUGCAUUCAAGCCUGUUUUUGAUAUGUAUCUGAAUAUGGUGACUGAUUCCAACACAUCUCUGGCAUUCAAGAGUAGAGUUUUGGAAAUACUCUACUUCUUUACCAGGAUACCAGAACAAGAGUUAUCUCUCUUACAAGGGAGACUGAACAGACUGAUUGCUGAUAACUUUCCUUUGAAGUCUUCAGAGUUUGUUGUUGGAAGUCCCAAAUACAAUGAUUAUGUAGCCGCAUUUGGCAAGAUCUUGUCUGCAUUGGUGAUUUCUGGAAGCCUAAUGUUACUGGAACUUUUAAUCAGUAUCAUGUGUCGUGAACCUAAACAUGUCUGUGAAGAUCAGAUACAGGCAUCCUUGAUUACAUUUAUUAAACAUCUUCCUGCUGAUAAACAGAAACCGGCCGUGGAUGUGGCGUUUGACGUCUUUCACAAAGAGAACGUCUACCCAAAUGACAUACGCCGGGCGGCUUUAGAGAGAGUUGGUCUUCCUCUGUUGAGAUUGGUCGACAUUCCUACACUGAGUACAUUCUUUAUAAGUCAUGUCAAUCAAAUAAUGAAUACUAUUGAAGCCAAGCAAAUUAAGGUACCAGAGAGUAGUUUUGAAACACAACUGGUGUCUAAGAUUGGAUGUUUUGAAUUGAUGGAAGUAUUGUAUUCCAGGAUGACUAAAGAAGAACUGAACACACCACAAUCUAAAGUCAAUAAAAUAUACUGUCGUGAUUCAGUCAAGUCUGGUAAAGAAAUGACGAUGGCUUUGACAAAGAUUGCCCAUGCUGCCAAGGGAGAAGACAUCAGAGGUGAGAGUGUAUUGGUAGAAUUGCGUCGACAGUAUCACUGUGCUGCCUACAAUGCCUUGGUAGCUAUCGUCUCCUGUACUCAGAAUGACAUCAAAUUCUAUAAUGGAUUUCUUUUUGCUGAGAAUCAUGCCAAGGGUCAGUUUUUUCUUGACAAUCUUGUUGACGCCGAUAAAGUUUAUCACUUUGAGAUUGAAAUGGAAUCACCCAUGGAACGCAAAAAGAAAUUUGUUGCUAUUCGUAAGGAAGUUAGGGAUGCCAGUGAAGAGGAUGACUUGCAGGACUCAGCAGUUGGUUUAUAUGGAACUGGAGGUGUCAGAUAUCUUUCCUCACAGUAUCUAGCUGACAGCAGUCUUAGUGAAGAAAUCAGUCAGUUUGACAUGAAUACUGGCUGCCUUUACUGGCACAUUGGAUAA